AAUCUCUUUUUCUUUCUCCUCAUUUCACUGGGAUUGAUUUUUACAAAAAGAUGGCUGAUCAUAGGUACGAAAUGAGUCUUGCCUUGAUUGUGUUCGCGGUGAUCUGGACUGGAGUAAUUGCUCAAGAAAGCGAUGACUGCACAAACGUGUGGGUCAGCAUGUCACCUUGCCUGAACUACUACGCGGACAGCACCUCACCACAAUUCUCAGGUUGCUGCACGCAGCUUAGCACGGUGGUUGAUGAAAAGUCAGAGUGCUUGUGCCAGGUUCUCAAAGACCUUGGACUCAACAUUAACCAGACUCGGUUAUCGGCCCUCACUACCGCUUGCAAAGUUCAGACUCCACCUGCUAGCAACUGCAACGGACGUGGAUCUGCAUCACAAGGAGGUCCCAAUGAUGCAACUUCAACCAAUAUGGCUGCUCCUUUUUCCUUUUUCUUUCUCUUGAUUGCUUCUUAUGCUUCAAUAAUCAACAUCACCUAACAGUCCAUUGUAUUUUGACUAGCUAGUUUGCUCUGUCAUGAAAAUGUACUAUUACUUUUCAUAGCAUUUGCUCAUUUCAGCAGUCAGUUUUCCACCGAAGCCUGAUUGGCCAUUGUAUCGUACUUCGUCAAUCACUAUUGCUAGUUUGCUCUGCAUUCA